UGAUUGGUCCAAGCCGCCGUCCUGGCUAAGCGUCCCGGCGUCUGCCCGCCCUCUCGCCGCGUAGCCGGUGCCUGCGCCGUGGGUUCCUGCUCGCCUCUCCUCUCCGGGUGCGAGCCUGGGCGUCCAGAGCGAGAAGCCGGGAGCAUGUUCCGACGCAAGCUGACAGCCCUCGACUACCACAACCCCGCGGGCUUUAACUGCAAAGAUGAAACAGAAUUUAGAAACUUUAUUGUUUGGCUUGAAGACCAGAAAAUCAGACACUACAAAAUUGAAGAGAGAGGUAAUUUAAGAAACAUCCAUAGCAAUGAUUGGCCCAAGUUCUUCGAAAAGUAUCUCAGAGACGUUAAUUGUCCUUUCAAGAUUCAAGAUCGACAAGAAGCAAUUGACUGGCUUCUUGGUCUAGCAGUUAGACUUGAAUAUGGAGAUAAUGCUGAAAAAUACAAAGACUCUGCACCUGAUAAAAAUACUGAUAAUGCAGCUAAAAAUGCAGAGCCACUGAUCAAUUUGGAUGUAACUAAUCCUGAUUUUAAGGCUGGUGUAAUGGCUUUGGCUAAUCUUCUUCAGAUUCAACGUCAUGAUGAUUAUCUGGUAAUGCUUAAGGCAAUUCGCAUUUUGGUCCAGGAGCGCCUGACACAGGAUGCAGUUGCUAAAGCAAAUCAAAUAAAAGAGGGCUUGCCUGUUGCUUUAGGUGAACAUAUUCUUGGUUUUGACACGGGAGAUGCAGUUCUUAAUGAAGCUGCUCAAAUUCUACGCUUGCUGCAUAUAGAAGAGCUCAGAGAGCUACAGACAAAAAUUAAUGAAGCCAUCGUAGCUGUUCAGGCUAUAAUUGCUGAUCCAAAGACAGACCACAGACUGGGGAAAGUUGGAAGAUGAACAUUAUUAGGAUUUCAACUUCUUACAUACUUAGUACCAUUGGGAAGCACGCACACUUCUGGCAUGUGUUUGGAAGUCAGAUGUCACAUUUUUGAGGGCAGAAAUUUGAUGUAAUGUUUGAGAUUUACCAUCAUUUUUCUUUAAUAAAGUUGGGAAAAGUG